GUGACCCUGUAUUCCUUGAAGAGGUUUUUCUAAAAUUGCGAGAGAAAUCGGGAGUCACAAUCGCUUAUGAUGUUUUAAGGGAGUCCGUGAUGACGGGUGAUGUGGUCAAAGAAGAGUUUGGUGGCGUUCUUGGCUUGGCAGGUGGUGGUGAAAGGGAUGAAAUGGGCGCGCUUGGUAAGGCGGCAAACAAGGACAUAGAUGCAAUUACGACCAUGGUCGACCGUGGGGAGACCGCAGACGAAGUCCAUGGAGACAGAUUGCCAACGGUGGGUAGGUAUGGGGAGAGACUGGAGUUUGCCAGCCUUAGCUUGGUUGGAGGGAUUGACGGCUUGGCAAUUAGGGCAAGAACGGAUGUAGGCUUUGACGUGCAAGGAGCGAGGGCUAGUAGAGGUAACGGGAGAUAUUGUCAAAGGUUUUCUGGAAACCGAGGUGUUCGACAGUCUUGGCGUCGUGGUGUCAGCCAAGAACUGGGUACGGAGACCACGGACGGAAGGGAUGCAAAGACGGCGAGUUCCUUUGAUGUCGAUGUAGAGGAGAUGGUCGAUGAGGGAGUAGUUAGGGAUAGUGUCAAGGUCGUGGAGUUUGGUAUAGGUAGCGGCGAAGUCAGGGUAGGAGGCGUAGCCAUGGAUGAAGCGAUGUUGGAGAGAUUGGGGAAACUUGACAUGCGUCGUGGCAGCGAAGACUUUCUUAGGGGGUUUGUGAUCGGGUCGGCGAGAGAGGGCAUCAGCAACACGAUUGGUCUUGUCGGGAGUAUGGCAGAUGGUGAAGGUAAACUGGGCAAGAAAAUCCAGCCAGCGGGCCUGACGAGGGGUGAUAUCCUUUUUGGUAAGGGUACUGGAGACGACGGUGUUGUCGGUGCGAAUGGUGAAGUACUCGCCAUCGAGGUCAUGGCGCUAUACUUUAAGGGCAUAGAUGACAGCGAUGAGUUCCUUCUCAUUGGAGGGAUAGUUCAUCUCAACAGCGAUAAGCUUCUUGUUCGCGAAUGCGAUAGGGUACUCACCGGGAAGUGUUUCCGACUGCGAGGGGGAAUCUUUGAUAGUCGGGGGGUCGUGAGGGAAAUGUUGGGAUAGAACGGCGCCAAAGGCAAAGUCCGAAGCGUCAGUGGUGACGUAGAAGUGGCGAGAAGGGUCGGCGAUCUUGAGAAC